AUGGACCCCUACCUCACGAUCGCCGAAUCACAUAGCCCCGACUGGGAGCUACCCUUCGACAAGACGUCAUACUAUCAGGAGAUAGCGGAAUACUGGCAGGAUAAGUACGCGGAAUUGUUUGGGCAGAAGCUCGAGUUUGAGUCGGAAUACUGA